AAUAAAACCCUCCCCUGUUCCUCCGUAGUGCGAAGUGAAUAAGAGCUACAAAGGCGACGCAUUUACAAGUAGCGAAGUAGAGCUCAUCGGAGAAAACCCAAGCGCCGAAGCUUCUCUCUCCUCCGCCGAGCUACGGUUCCGGUGCCGGCGAUGGCGAGCCCGCGGCUGAGGGUGUCGCCGGUGGCCGCUACCUCCCUCGGCGGCGGCGGCGGCGGCGGGGACGAGGCGCUGUGGAAGCGGCUUGUGGAGGCGGGGUUCGACGAGGAGUCCGUGAGGAGGAGGGAUAAGGCUGCGCUCAUCGCGUACAUCGCCAAGCUCGAAUCCGAGAUCUAUGACUAUCAACACCACAUGGGGCUUCUUAUAAUGGAGAAGAAGGAGUGGACAUCUAAAUGUGAACAAGUCAAAGCAUCCACGGAAUCUUCAGCGGUUGCUUACAACCGUGAACGAGUUGCACAGUUAUCUGCUCUAGCUGAAGCCAAGAAGCGCGAAGAGAACCUAAGGAAAGCUUUAGACAUUGAGAAAGAGUGCGUAGUAAAUGUUGAGAAGGCUUUGCAUGAAGUACGCGCCGAAUUAGCAGAAAUAAAGGUUGCUUAUGAGCGCAAGCUGGCUGAAACUCAUCUCAUAACAGAAGUUGCACAAAGGAAAUUCGAGGAGGCCGAAAAGAAGCUUCUUGCAGCAAAGUCUUUGGAAGCAGACGCUAAACUUACUCGUGAUGCUGCAUUAAGAAGUUUACAUGAUGUUGAGGCUCGUGAAGAUGACCUCAGAAGGCGUCUCAUUUCAUUCGAGUCUGAAUGUGAAGCUAAGGAGAAUGAAAUCAGCUUUCAAAGGAAAUUUCUUAAUGAUAGUCAGAGGGUUUUGCAUGAAGAGGAAGAAAGGUUACUAGAGAAGCAAGCUCUUCUAAAUCAGAGGGAGGAAUGCAUCUUUGAUAGAGAGAAAGAACUAAUCUACUUGGAGAAAAGAUUGGAGGAUGACAAAUCAACAAUUGUUGGAGAAUUCAAGGCUCUGAAGGAAGAGAAAGCUACUUUGGAUCUAAAGAUAGCUGCGCUUGCAGCUAGGGAGGACGCUAUUGUUCGGAGGGAAUCUCUGCUUGAUAAAAGGGAGCGUGAAUUGCUUAUUUUACAAGAAACCAUUGCGUGCAAAGAGCAUGCUGAGAUCCAAAAACUUAUUGAUGAACAAGAGGCUGUUUUGGGGAGGAGAAAGGAAGAAUUUGAGACUGAAAUGGAGAAGAGGCGCAAGUUGGUGGAGGAUGAGAUGGAGGCUAAAAGAAUUUUUCUUGAUCAUGGAGAGGCUGAUCUCAAUGAAAGAGCAAAUUCUAUUCAGGAAAAGGAACAAGCUAUUGAGCUCCAACUUUUUGAGCUUGCAGAGAAGCAAGAGGACAUAGCUAUGAGAUCAAAACAAUUAGAGGAGGAAAAGGAAAAUCUAGAAAAAUCCAUAAAAGCGUCGGAAUUAGAGUUGAAAAAUAUUCAGAGAGAAAGGGAGGAUAUCGCUAAAUUGAAAAUGGAAUUAGAAAAGGCAAAAACUUCACUUGAGGAGGAGAAGAUAGUGCUUACUCGUGCACAAGAAAACCUGGAAAUUACUAGAGAAGAGAGAAAUGAAGUGCUUGAUCUGGAAAAGAACCUUAAAGAAGAAAUCGAUAGUUUGAGAGCCCAAAAGAUGGAACUUUUGGCUGAUGCAGACCGAUUGCAAGCUGAGAAGGAGAGAUUCGAGAUUGAAUGGGAUCUAAUUGAUGAAAAGAAGGAAGAACUUAAGAAAGAGGUCGAAAUGAUUGCUGAAGAAAGAAAAGCAGUGGCUCAGUACCUUAAGAAUGAGAAAGAUAGCAUUAAACAAGAGAAAGAUAAUCUGCGUAGUCAGUACAUGAGUAGUGUUGAAUCCUUGUCUCGUGAACGAGAGGAAUUUAUGUCUCAUAUGCAGCGUGAGCAUUCAAAUUGGUUAAGCAAAAUUCAACAAGAGAGGGAGGAUUUUACCAGGGACAUUAAUAUUCAGCGAAAGGAUCUGCAAAAUUCUUUUUAUCAAAGGCGGGCAGAAUUGGAAACUUGGCUAAGGGAAAAUGACGAAGCAUUUACACGAAAGCUAGCUGAAGAACUCAAGUUUAUAAACUCUCAGAAGAAAACGAUCGAAAUGCAGUUAGAACAUGUUGCUUCUGAAUUGCAGAAACUUGAUAAUGAGAGAAAGGAGAUCGCAUUGGAGCGUGAACAGCGGGAGAGGGAAUUAUUGGAGAUAAAGAGCUCCGUUGAAGUGCUUAAUGCUCAAAGAGAGAAGCUGCAGAAGCAAAGGGAGUUAUUGCAUGCAGAUCGAGAAGCAAUUAGUCAGCAGAUUGAACAGCUGAAAGAAUUGCAAUCUUUGGACAUUGAAACUGAGACUAGGGUACUAUCUAUGGCACCAUCUAAUAAGGAAAGUGCUCCAAUGAACAUUAAAAUGAAUGUUGGUGAUGUUUUGGAAGAAAUUAUUGAAGAACAAAAUACUGAUACUAACCAUGAGUCUAUGGGUAAAUAUCUUCCUGAAAAGACUUCAGAUGCUUCAGUGCCAGAAUCAACUCCAUUGUCCUGGAUCAGAAAGUAUACUAAGGUGAUAUUCCAGCGCUCUCCAGAGAAUAAUGUUAAUUCUGGUUCGUCGGAACAUUCUCAAAGUAAGAAUUUGCGGGAGUUUGUGAAAGUGACUGAGGACUCAAGGACAGAUUUGCUAGAGUUAGAUAUGAUAUCUAACAUGUCACCUUUCACUCAAAAUGUUGAAAGUAUAUCAAAGAUGGAAGGGCAAACUGAUAUGAAAAUUAGUCAGCUGGGAGAGGGUGUUGGCGAAACAACUCGAACUGUCGACAAAAUCGUACCUUCAUUGGGAAGAAAGAGACUAAAUGGCAGAUUCUCUCGUGAUCACACUGACAUGCAAUUAGAACCUAGUCGGAAGAAUCAGAAAAUGUCAGCUCAGAAAGGAGAUGACAAUGGUUUAUUGCCAAACAAGUAGCUGGUGUUGCCCUUGCUCCGAGAGAGCAAGAACAAAAUCAAGAUGACGAUAAUGAAGCUGAUGAUGAGGACGAAAAAGAGGUGCCUGUGAAGGAGAAGCUGUGGAAUUUUCUUAUCACAUGAUCGCGCAAAUUUCUAACAUCAAUAUCGGUUAGACUUUUAACUACUUUCCCUCAACUAACUGGACAAUAAUACAGUGUGUUAGUUCCAAUUGUAUCUCCAGUUUGAUGCUUUGCUUGUGCAUUGUGUUUAUGAGAUGUAGUUUAUCAGCUGCUUCAAUCUCUGUAUUUUAGAUCACAAGAGUGUAGGAUCUGUAAACAUGUAACCAUGUGAAUUCUUGUUGUAAGGAAAAAUAACAAAGUUAUAUAUAUAAUGGGUGAAGUACUGUUCUCAUUUUA